UUGCCGUCAGUCAGUUGAUCCUCGGUCGUCGUGCUUGUCCUUCGGUUGUUACUCGAUUCUACUUAAUUAUUUCAUAGUUUAUUACUUUCAACUAACUUCGUAUUAAAAUUAGACUAUCGCUUUCUUCUGUUUUAAUGUUAAUAUUAAUUUUACGGUAUUAUUGUUUUUUAUAAUUUAACGUAUUUAUCAGUUAACCGUUCGAUAUUUAGUCCUUCUCAGAAAAGUUUUAGAAAAACAUUUAAACAUAAUAAUGUUCAGUGGGAUUUUGUAAAGUGCACUAAAACGCAUUCGUUUUAAAUUCACAAACAAACGAACGGAUACGUACAAUGAGACCAUGGUUUGGCCUGUUGUGUCUAAGCAUUGUCACUUUGUGCGUGGGACAGCGUCAACGUCCAAUUUAUAUGAACCAAUUUGCUGUACACAUACCAAAAGGCUCUGAUCAGGCUGAACAAAUUGCAGCUAAACAUGGAUUCAAUAACAUAGGACAGAUUGGCAGUCUGGACGGAUUUUACCUUUUUGAACACAAACACGUGCACAAACGGUCGUUGGAGAUCAGUCAUACACACCACAAAAAGCUCAGUGACGAAUCUGAGGUUCACUGGGUACAGCAACAACACGAAAAGAAGAGACGGAAAAGAGAUUUUGGAACUAAUUUACCAUCUACUGUUUUUGCUGGUUCUUCAGAUUUUUAUCAACAACAAACAUCAGGUGGACCACUUGUACAAGGCCAAGCAUUCAGGCGCCUUAGCAAUUCAGUUCAUAAUGUAUUUCCUGAUCCUCUUUUUAAGGAACAAUGGUACUUGAAUGGCGGUGCUCUGGAUGGUUUCGACAUGAAUAUGGGUCCAGCUUGGCAAAAAGGGUAUACUGGCAAAAACGUUGUCGUCUCAAUACUUGACGACGGUAUACAAACCAAUCAUCCCGAUUUGGCACAUAAUUACGACCCUAGUGCUAGCACAGACAUAAACGACAAUGAUGAUGACCCUAUGCCUCGGGACAAUGGUGACAAUAAACACGGUACGAGGUGCGCCGGUGAAGUAGCGGCUAUUGCAUUUAACCAAUAUUGCGGCAUUGGUGUGGCCUACAAUGCCAGUAUUGGAGGAGUGAGAAUGUUGGAUGGUACAGUGAAUGACGCAGUUGAAGCAAGAGCCUUGGGCUUAAACAUCAAUCAUAUUGAUAUCUACAGUGCUUCUUGGGGUCCAGAAGAUGAUGGUAAGACUGUAGAUGGACCCGGACCACUGGCCAGAAGAGCGUUUAUUUACGGAGUAACUUCGGGUCGUCAUGGAAAAGGAUCUAUAUUCGUUUGGGCUUCUGGUAAUGGUGGACGACAUACUGAUUCAUGUAACUGCGAUGGAUAUACAAACAGCAUUUUUACGUUAUCAAUAUCUAGUGCCACGCAAGGAGGAUAUAAACCGUGGUACCUCGAAGAGUGUUCAUCUACAUUAGCAACCACCUACAGUUCAGGUACUCCAGGCCACGAUAAGAGUGUGGCCACUGUGGAUAUGGAUGCAAAAUUACGACCGGAUCACAUUUGUACCGUAGAACAUACUGGGACAUCUGCAUCGGCUCCACUGGCCGCUGGGCUUUGCGCACUUGCACUUGAAGCGAAUCCUGCGUUGACAUGGCGUGACAUGCAAUACAUUGUGGUGCUUACAUCAAAAUCAUCACCUUUAGAACGAGAAGGAGGUUGGAUAUCCAACGGAGUCGGUCGUAAAGUGAGUCACAAAUUUGGAUACGGUCUAAUGGACGCAGGUGGGAUGGUUUCAUUGGCCGAAAAAUGGACAACAGUGCCGCCACAACAUAUAUGCAAGUCCCAAGAGAUCGCCGAAGAGAGGCAAAUCGACCCAUCGCCGGGGAGCACGCUGACCGUGACCAUGGAAGUUGGUGGUUGCCAAGGAAGUCUAAACGAGGUGCGGUUCGCGGAGCACGUGCAGUGCAAAAUAUCGUUACGGUUUUUCCCUCGCGGUAACCUACGCAUCGACCUGACCUCACCGCUGGGCACCACGUCCACGCUGCUGUUCGAACGGCCCCGGGACGUGGCCAGCUCCAACUUCGACGACUGGCCGUUCCUGAGUGUGCACUACUGGGGCGAAAAGGUGGACGGCACGUGGACGAUGACCGUGCACAAUGGUGGCAACCGGCACGUCAACCAGCCAGGCAUACUUAAGAAGUGGCAGCUGAUAUUUUACGGCACCGCCACCAACCCCAUACGGCUGCGGUCCGCACAGUCGCAACCAUCACCGCCGUUCGCCAUCACGCAACAGCAACAGCAGCUGUUGCUCCAGUCGCCCAAACCUGCCUCGGCCGGGUUCCCGUUCGCCCAACUUGGUGGUGGUGCCGGACAGGUGACCGGCUCGCCGUCCAUAUACCACUCGAGCAUCGCCGAGAUCCUGUCGCAGGCCGGUUUCCGGAACCUACCCGACGUAUUCGCCGCAGCCGGAAGCGACGUCGAGACGUCAGUUACGUCAUUUACCAGUACCCGCUCAAACUCGCAAACCACCCCCGAGAGGCCGAUCGACGGACAGACCAUUUUGCACGACUGCGAUCCCGAGUGCGAUGCUUUCGGCUGCUACGGCAAAGGUCCUAUGCAGUGCGUCGGCUGUCGCAACUUUAAGCUUGACAACACUUGCGUUAGCCGCUGUCCACCUCGCAGUUUCCCGAACAAAGGCGGUGUUUGUUGGCCGUGUCAUGAGUCGUGUGAGACUUGUGCAGGAGCGGGACAAGAUAGCUGCUUGACAUGCGCGCCAGCUCACUUGAGAGUCACCGAUUUAGCCGUUUGCUUGCAACAAUGCCCCGACGGAUACUUCGAGAACACAGAAGAAGGCACUUGCGUCGCGUGUGGCCCGAACUGUGGAAGCUGUGAAGCUCGUCCGGAUCACUGUACUAGCUGCGAACAUCAUCUGGUACUCCACAACAACCAGUGUUACGCAAAUUGUCCGAUUAACACUUACGAAACUAACGAUUAUCGAUGUGGUGCCUGUGACGCAAAAUGCGAAUCGUGCACCGGACCGAAUGCCGACCAGUGUAUAACAUGCAAAUCAGGUUACUUCGAACUGAAAGGCACGUGCCAUUCUAAGUGUCCAGACUACUAUUAUCCCGACCAGAAGCGUCACGAAUGCCUAGCAUGUCCGUCGGGUUGCGUCGCUUGCAACUCUACCGCGUGUCAUUCUUGCGAUCUAGGUUUCACGCUGAACAAGAAAGGACGGUGCCUAAAGACCGGUAGUCAACAAUGUCAACCUGCAGGCCAGUUCUGGACCGGUUCUCAGUGCCAAUCGUGUCACGCCUCGUGCGAGACUUGCAGCGACUUCUCCGAACAAAACUGUCUGUCCUGUCGGUCGCCGUCCAUGUUCCAAGCGCCGGGCACGUGCGUGGAACAGUGUUCGGCCGGCUUCUAUCCAGACUUGCGGUUCGGCAACUAUGCGACGUGUCAGCCGUGCCCGCAUCCGUGCAUCGAAUGCGUGUCCCGCACGAACUGCACGAUGUGCCACUCGCCGUUACUGCUGCAAACCGGCCAGUGCCGCACGACAUGUGCCCCGGGAUAUUACAGUGACGUGGGCGCGUGCGCUAAGUGCUAUCUGAGCUGUAUGACUUGCAGCGGCCCCCGCAGGGACCAGUGCGUCAGUUGUCCGCGCGGGUGGCAAUUGGCCGCCGGCGAAUGUCACCCUGAGUGUCCGCAGGGUUUCUUCAUGUCGGACUUCGGUUGCCAGAAAUGCCACCAUUACUGCAAGACUUGCAAGGGUGAAGGCCCGUUGCAGUGCACGUCGUGUCCGCCGCACUUCAUGCUCGAGGACGGCCUGUGCUCCGAGUGUUCGGGCUCGCAGUACUACGACCCGCCCACGCAACUGUGCAAGCCGUGCCACGCGUCCUGUCGCGCGUGCACCGGGCCCGGCCCGUUCAGCUGUUCGGCGUGCAUGUUCCCGCUGCACCUGGACCGAAAGAACUCGCAAUGCGUGUCAUGCUGCGGACCGCGUCCGCACGACGACUGCUGUAGCUGCAACUCGGACACCGGAGAGUGUCACAACCUGACGCCCGCGGAAAAGCGCCGGACGUCCGUCAGCGGCGAACUGGACAACCUGGCAGCGGCCGCGUCCGUCCACCGCGGUCCCGUGACGGGCGCGAACGCCGACACGACCGUGUUUGGUUACUUAGCGCUGAUAGCGGUCGCCUCCGUCUUGGUCGUCCUGUCCGCUAUGGUGGUGAUAAAACGGAAGCGCAAUCAACAUUCAGGUUACGUAAAGUUGUUGCGACCGCAAAACGACAUGAACUUGGAGGACAAUGAUAGCAGCAUCGCACUUUUCGCCGAGACGUGACCGGUUGUGAUCGAACACCGUCAACUUGACGACGACAAGCUCGCAGACCUGCAACUGUUGUAACAUCGUUCGUCGUCGUCCGGAGGAGUGUAUACCUAAGAAUGAAAAAAAAUAAACACGAAAAAUAGAGCUAAUUAUUAUUAUAUUAUUAAACAAUACGUCUUCGUUGUUUAUCCGCGCACCAACUCAUAAAUCAUAGCCAAAAUGUUAAAAGCUCCUCUUCAAUCUGUGGAAACGCUAAUCCACUGACCUAUAUAUCCUUUUUCGUCUUCGCCGAUUCUCAAUAACAUGAUUACUGUUAUUAUUAUUAUUAUUAUUAUUAUUAUUAUUAUUUUUAUUAGUAUUACUUUUAUUGUUGUUGUACACUUAUUUUAUACACCUACUUAAAACAACGACAAAUUCAUUAAAAUAUUAUUAAUUUUAGUUUUCCUUGAGUUCCUUUUCUGUAACCGUUUUCCGUCGAACUUCAUUAACAUUCCAUAUUUUUUUA